GUUGUAUUCUUGGGGUUGUAGUAGGAUCUCAGACUAGUUGUGUCACAGUUUUCGCACUUUAUUGACUGAAUUUUGUGUGUGACAAUGCCUGUGCCCGGGACGAGGCCCGGCCAUGCGUCACCGCUGGCAAAGCGAGCAUGGGCGGAUAAGCUCGAUGUACCACAAAGCGCGUUUCUUCACAAAGCCAGGGGAGGCUACUACAGGGGUUGCACGAGUACGAAUAGCCCAAAUGGAGACCAUCGCAAAACGCGCGUCGAAGAGGGCAUCGUGAAGAAUCCAGCGAUAAGUCGUGGGUUCGAUCGCGACUCUAAAGAAGAGGUGAUCGACCAAGCAAAUAAGAAGAGGUCUUCGAUAUUGAGCAUGCAGGCUCUGGAAAUUCGACUGACAGAGGCGUUAGCAAAAUUCGCAGCACGGUGCUGGCAACACGGUGUUGCAAUCGGAAGUAAGGAACUGCUCGGGACAACCAGGAGUUGUUCUUCCGUUUUUUCCAAAAAGUCGGAAGAAGAAGAAGAAGAAGAAGCGCAGAGCGCGAAUGGUGGAGAUCGUGCGCAGGAAAAGGCUGAUAGUGUGCUAAAUGGUGUCGAAAAUGACUUUUCAACAAUGUUGGAGGAUAAUGGCGUAAGUGUUUCUGUGAGACAUACAUCAGAGGUUGCACUGCACGAGGCUGUGGCGUCGGUAGGUUGCGAAAAGUCGAUGGAGCAGCUACAGUGGCUGCCGGGCGAGGCGGCAGCCGCGCCACAGUCCGCGAAAGAAGUGCUGCGCCGCGAAAAUCCCCUGGAGUCCUCACCGAUCGAUGUUAGCCCCUGGAAAGCCGGGGGAUUCGAAAAAUGCGAAAGACUCCUACUAGGGAGCUUACCGUCGCCGAUUGAAAAGAUCUCCAGGGAUGCGUGUCGAUCCUGUUCUACAGGUACUAAACACAAACUCACUUCUUUGACUAUAAUGAUGCAGGCUAAAGUCCGUACAUUCUUUAUAGAAAGAACACCGCCAGCAACAUCGCAAAAGCUACAGAUGUUCCAGGGCUCAGCGCUCUAGCUUUUUGAGGGGGGGCCUCCACCCCGGACCCUUUUCCUCGAGGGACUGACGGGCGGGAAGGCCUCCAAACGCCCACCUCCAACCCCUUCCCGCUUCUUGCCUGGGCCCUACAGAGCCCCCACCCGUGGGGCCGUUGAAGCACCGAAGGCCAAGGGUGGAAGGCUUCCGAAACCGAAGGUGGCAAAGGUGGCAAGGCUGGACCCCCUUGCCAUGUUGCGUGUGCCCGACAGACCUCCCAGGCCGUGUUGCAUGUAUCCCACAGCCCUCCCGUGCCGUGUUGCAUGUACCCUACGGACCUCCCGUGUGCGGGCUCCUCUUCUUGGAGGGAUGAGCGCCAAAGGGGCCAGGCCUCGCGACCGUGGCCGCCUUCGGCGGCCUUCUUCACCCGGAGGCCGUCCUUCUAAUCGGACCCAAGAGCCGGGACGCCUGUGGGGUACACGCGGAGAGCCGCCAGGGGACUCCGGCUCCGCCUUUUGAGGCCUUUGCACCCGGUAGUCCUUACAUGUCACCACUGAGGAAAAAAGGGCGCGCGGACGCCCCCGCCGCUCCAUCGGCCCCCCCCGGUACAUAUAUGGGCUCUCUUGAUUCGAUUUGGUCACGCUAGCGAUUCCAUGCUACGUAACUUCCAGGUGAACAGGCGUGGCCGUUGAGUACCUACCAAGCUGCCGUCGCCGCUUGUUCGCGAUCGCGACCGCCACGAACUCACACUUUUCAAGAGCGAGCUCUUUCUUCUUGUAGACAGGAUUUACCAGUUGCGCGGCUUCAGGCACGUGCGUUCUGUGGUUGGGCUUCAGUGCAUCGGGAGCGAACUUCUGUACGGGCGUGGAUGCGACAGCAGCGGCUGAAACGACGCGAGCAGGGUAAAGUAAGGCGAAUGACAUUCGAGCAAGAGACGGCUACCAGAAAGGAAAUAUAUUCAGAUUUUCAGCUGGCGAUGCGAGAAGUUGAGGAAGGGAUGCCUGGACAAGCAAGUGGAUCGUCUACGUCAAGCAAAUCAGAGAUUACUGUUUCUGCGCUGAGCUCCUUGGGUGCGCGCAUGCUUCGUGAUCAAUCGCUGCACCCUGGUGGCACUCAAUUUUUGGCAUCAACAGAUCCCUCUUGGCGACCUGCACGGGCGGGACCGCGUAGAAGAACAAGGUGUGAGCACGUGGUCAUGAAGCACAUUAUGGAUCGGUUGGUUGAGGACAGACGUGACCGAAAGCUAUCGAUACUAAUUUUCAGCGCCUGGAAGGAAUGUUGGAUUCGUGCCGGAAAACAGCGGUUGUUGGAUAUACAAAAACUCGUUUGCAGUUGGAAUCAGUACCUUUUCGACAACAGAUACGUGGAAAAUAAGAGCUCAACUACA